UAACUGACAAAUCACGCAUCAAUCCCACAUUAAUUUUUGAUCUCUUCUUUACUCUUCCUUGGUCGGUUGGAAUUUCAGCUCUGUUUGUUUGUGUGGGAGAAGCAAAGAGAAAGAAAACACAACAAGAUCAUAGUAAUGGUUUUGCUUGGGAAUGAGGGGAGAGCAACCCAGAAUCUUGUUUCAAGAAAAGCCCAUCAAGAGAUGGAAAUGAAAAUGGAAAAUGACAUUCUUUGUGGAAAAAGAUUUCAUCCGGAGAUGGAAGAUGACAACUCUAAUGAUGAAGAAGAGCAUGUGGGAGGUGGGAGUGGAAAUGGGAUUGAGGAGGAGAUUGAUGAUAGAGUUGGAGGGUUCAACAAAGAUAUCCCUCCGGUUGAUGAUGUGUGCCCCAUCUGCUUUGACAGGUUCAUCAUCCCCUGCAGAUCGAAUUGUGGUCACUGGUUCUGUGCGAGCUGCAUCUUGCAGUUCUGGUUGUUCCGAUCAUCGAUUAAACCAUGCAAGUGUCCCUUGUGCUCUUGCCGGAUAGUUAACUUGAAACCAGAAACGUCUCAGCUCAUCCAACCGCCAGAUGAUAUUGUUGAGGUCCUUAAAAAGGUCCACCAGUAUAAUGGCCUCUACAUCAGCGGACUGCUUGGCGCUUUCCAUAGAUUACUAGCAUUGCCACUGUUCAUGGGGAGGGUAUUUAGAGUCCUAAUAGAUCCUGAUGGCUUGAGAUGCACCUACUACAUUAUGCGCCUUCUUGGGUUGUUUCUGGCCUUGAUCUACGAAAGAGGGGAAUACGAGUUCAUACCUACCGGUGGUCUCGGGAUCCAGAGAACGUUCGAUGUGGGUGCAAGCGUGCUAGUCAUCAGUCUCUUUUUCAUUGGUAUGGGGUACAGAUACGUGCUCAGAUAUCGCGCAAGACGUUUUGCAGCCAUGCAAACUUGGGAUGGUUGAGCGGCCGGCUGCAUCGCUGCUCGGUCGUAAGGGCUGCUUUAGAUUUGCCACCCCACCUUAGCUAGUUUUUAACAUUUGACUUGUAUCUAGAUGUAUGAAUUGCAAUUAGCUGGUGCUGAGGUUGUAAGUUUAAUGUAAAUAGUAGAAUUUUGGCC